AUGGCGCAGGCAAUAUUUGAAGUGCUUGAAGGGAUGGACAACCAGACAGUGUUGGCGGUCCAGUCUCUGCUGGAUGGCCAAGGCGGAGUUCCUGACCCAAACAACCAGAACGUCUCUGGCACACCCGCUAUCCAGUCUAUGGACGACGAGGACGUCUUCCUGUGUGGGAAGUGUAAAAAACAGUUCAACUCUUUGCCAGCCUUCAUGACACACAAGAGGGAGCAGUGCCAGUCUAGCGCCCCCUCCCUGUCCACAGUGUCCUUGGCCUCCACCAACGUCUACACGCCCGUCCCGUCAAUCAGCUCCGGACCACAGACUCCUGCCAACAGACAGGUGUCCACCUACAUCACAGUCCCUCCCUCCCCUCUGACACACACUCUGGUCCAAGGCAACGUGCUGGUCAGUGACGACGUUCUCAUGUCGGCCAUCUCAGCCUUCACCUCCAUCGACCAGCCCAUGGCCGCCAUGCAGACGCCCAUACAGAGUAACCUGAGCAUGCACACAGCCGGCGUAUCUUACCUUCAGCACCAUCACCACCACCACCAUCAUCAUCAUCACCAUCAACAGCAACAGACUCAGUCGUCCCACCCCCUGCCCUCCAGCCAAACACCGGCCCACCCCCUGCCAGCCGGCCAGCCCGCCCAGCAGCCGCUCUCUUCUCAAGUCCCAGCGAGCCACAGCAACUCAGUGGUCCAGGUGUACAGCGCCAUGCCCCAUAUGGCUGGGGUUGGUGGUGGUGGUGGUGGUGGUGGUGGUGGUGGUGGUGCAGAGAUCCACACGCUGGGUCUGCAGCCCUUCCAUCCUGUACAAGUGCCCAGUCAGUGUGUGGAGAGCCAGUCAUUCACCACCCCUCCUGUCUACAGCCCCGGGAAGCAGGGCACCAAAACAAAGACCUGCAGCAUCACCACCAACCUGACGGAGCUGGGCGAUUUCGAAAAGGUCAUCAUUCCCAAACGUCCGAGGAGCAACAAGAAGAGCCCCGACGGAGCAACAGCCGAGCAGCUGAAAGGAAAAGGUCCGAAGUUGAAGUGUAAUUUCUGCGACAAAAUCUUCGCGAAAAACUUUGAUCUCCAGCAGCACAUCCGAAGCCACACGGGAGAGAAACCCUUUCAGUGUAUCGUCUGUGGACGAGCCUUCGCCCAAAAGUCCAACGUGAAGAAACACAUGCAGACGCACAAGGUAUGGCCUAUGGGUGUGGCCAGCACAGUAUCAAGAUUACCAGUCACAGUGAAGGUAGUGCCAGUUGCGACUGAGGCUCGGGCUGAUCAGGAGGGAAGCCAAGCUGGGGAGAACGCCGUGCAGAACGGGCAUCCUCAGGCACAGAUGCAGUUGCCGUCCAACCAGAGCCAACAGUGCCAAGCUCCGACCAAACAGAUCGUCGUGAUCGACAGCUCCUACCAGUGCCAGUUCUGCGCCAGCAAGUUCAAGACCUACUUCCAGCUCAAGUCGCACCUGACCCAGCACAAAGGGGAGCAGGUUUACAAGUGUGUGCUGAAGUCCUGCUCCCAGACUUUCCAGAAGCUGGAUCAGUUUCUGGAGCACAUCAGGACGCACCAGGAGCAGCUGACCUACCGCUGCCACCUCUGCAGCAAGGUGUUCCCCUCGCUGUUCGAACUGGGCGUCCACCAGUACUCCCACUGCUUCUGCCCGCAGCAGAACACGCGCAAGGAAACCACCGUCUACAGGUGUGUGAAGUGUCAGAGCCGAUAUUCUACCCAUGAGGCUCUGGAACAACAUCUACUCACUGCCUCACACAACUUCCCCUGUCCACACUGCCAAAAGGUUUUCCCGUGUGAAAGAUACUUCAGACGCCACCUCCCCACUCAUGGCAGCGGAGGGAGGUUCAAGUGUCAGAUCUGUAAGAAGGCCUUCAAGACAGAGCACUACCUCAAACUCCACACACGCAUUCAUUCAGGUGAAAAGCCAUACAAAUGCUCCCUCUGUGAGGCGACGUUCAACAGGAAGGACAAAGUGAAGCGACACAUGCUCAUCCACGAACCUUUCAAGAAAUACAAGUGUCCCUUCAGGACUCAUGUUGGCUGCACCAAAGAAUUCAACAGACCAGACAAACUUAAAGCUCACAUUCUGUCUCAUUCUGGUAUAAAACCCUACAAGUGUCUAUUUUGUCAGAAGGCGUUCAGCCGCAGAGCUCACAUGCUCGAGCAUCAGCAGUCCCACACAGAUAACUACCGCUUCAGAUGCUCCACCUGCAACAAGGGAUUCACCCGGCAGAGCUAUUACAGAGACCACAAGUGUCCCGCAGCGGGGAACGGGACAGGAAGUGACGGAGGGGCCGGAGAGGCGGACGGAGACGAGGUGGCAGGAGUGCCGAUGGCGGAGGAGAAGGAUGGAGAGGAUGACGGGAGGAGAAGCAGGUUCGCGAGAGAAGCGAAAAGGCCAGGGACAGGAGGAGACGACGGAGAGGAGGACGAAAGGUCAAAGGGCGGCCACGAGCAGGUGGAGAGACACGAGGAAGAGGAGGAGGAGGAGGGAGAGCGGAGGAGGAUUGAUGAGGGCUGUCAGGCUGCGAUGUCUAUCAUCACCAUCGAAGGACAGACAGAAAGAGAAGAAGAGGAGGAGGAGGAGGAGGAGGAGGAGGAGGAAGAUGACGGGGUGGAACAUGGCGGCGAAGCGCUGGAGCAGAUUCAGAGCAAUGACCAAAACUGUUUGCAGCAGCCAUGUUUGUAG